AUGCGGCGCGGCCGACAGCGCGUCCGAGGCAAUGGCCGCCAGCCAACGCGCUUCGUUUAUCAAGCCUACUCGGUGGCUUUCAAGGUGGAAGUCCUUCGCCACCUCGACGAGUCUCAAAGCAUGACGGCCACCCUCGACCGCUACUUUAGUGGUAUAAGCGGCGCGAAGAAAGUCAUCAGUAAGGCGAAGCCCGUCUACAAGUGGCGUCGGCAGCUCGACUCGCUUGAAGAACGUGCCCGGAGCGGGCGUUUAGCAACUCAAUUCCGUGCCCGACCACCCGGCAUAGGACUCACACUGCCAGCCGACGUCGAGGAGCGGAUCGUCAAGUGGGUGAACGACUUUAGGUGCGAGGGAUUCCCAAUCUCGCCCAUGAUGCUCAAGCUGCAGGCGUGCGAGUUUGCCAAGAAGCUGAUAUCCUACCCGAGCACUUUUCGGCAUCCUGGCAGUCGCGGCGCAGUUUUACCUGGCGUCAUCGGCUAUCAUUUCGCGUAA